AUGAGUAUUCAUAGAAUUUAUGAUUAUGUUAAUAAAAUGCGAUGCGAUGAAGUGGUGAUAAGUUUAAGAGAUGAGUUUGAAUUUAGAGUCUUAAAAGCUAGGCAAAGUGUCAUGAUUGCGAAUAAUGUUGUUGAAUUAGUAUUUAAAGAUUGGGUUUUCGGCGUGGCCAGUCGCACAGAACCUGUUACAAGUAAGGGAAAUGCUGAAAUUGGUGCGUCACCAAGUUCAUUAAAGCUUUCAGGGCUUACACAAGUUUCGCGUAUUACUACCUUUUAUUUGAUCAAACUCGCAACUGCUUUUGAAUUUUGGGAAUCAAAAGGAGUAACGGGAAUAAAAUUAAUUUAUGAUGUCGAACGAGAUGCUAUUCGUCCGUUCGGCUUUAUUGCAUUUGCUUAUGUAAAUUUCAUGAAACGUUUUCAUGCGCAAAAAGUUAAUAUUUAUGAUGAAAAAAUAAACUGUGAAGAGAGCUUACGUGUACCAGUCUUGUUACAUGAGGCUGACAAAUCACUUUUAGAUCCAAUGCCUGUUACUUUAAAUAAAGAAAUAUGUGAUGCAAAUUGUUUAAACGCAACUCCAUUGGCUAGAGUUGGAUCUAAUAGUUCGUUAAUUGUUGCAAUCCAAGCCAUGGAUUUGGACGAACCAACUGUUAGCAACGAACCAGUUGAAAGCAUAGAAGCUUUAUUAGAUGAAACACGUGAUACGGACAACGAUUCCGUUUUAUCUAUAGAUUUAAGCUAUGAUUUUGAUGAGAAUAUGAAUUUAAUUAAGAAAACUGUAUAG